AAAGUUUCAAACUCUUGUGCUGGUUGGAGAAACAGGAUGUGGAAAGAGCACUCAAAUACCUCAGGAAUUAAUGGGAAUUUCUGAAAAUUCAUCUACCCUUUCAUGACCAUCACCAACUGGCUAUCAAAAUUCUACUUCUGGUGAACUCAAGGCUCUUCGGCACUUACUCGUUCCAUUCAUUCAUCACAGAAACUUUAAGCAUACAAGUAGUCGAAAAUCGCAUAAUCCCACAUCUACAUCUUUCACGCAGCAUUUUAUUAGCGAAGCUCAUCGUUAACAAUCAUUCGCACAGCCUUGAGAAGACUGUAAGAAAUCGUAAAUUAUAUCUUUUUUUAUCCUCAUUGUCUGUAUGUUAUCUGCGACAGAACGGCAUUUUUCUUCAACUUUAUACAUAUAUUUUUCUGAUUAUUUUGAAGUAUAUCAAGAUGACGUGAACACGCAUGAGCAAAGUAUUCUCUUAUCUUUCAUUAUACGUUGAUUUUGUCAAGUGGUCUACUUCUUAUACGUACGCGCAGUGCAAAAGAUUUUGUGUAGAAUUUUUCAAGCCAUACAUCAGAUGAAGUUGGUGCAGCUCAAGAAAAUCGAAUACGAAGACGCAUCAGCAGCCGGUCUCAAAAAAGCAUAAAAUAAGCGUAUGCGCACGAGACAUACCAGAGCAUCUCAGGAGAGCUACACUAAGUAUAUACACAGAGUUAAAUUUCCCCCCCUGGGUCCCGCAUAUUAUAAACUUGUUUGCUGCAUCAAGUGCGGCGCCCGCAUUGAAGGGCUCAUGGUCGCACGGUGGGAGAAAGAAAAACUCGCCUGUUGAUGAUCAUUUUUGCACGCCGACGUUCGUUCAGCUGUAAAAACUCAUAGCCUCCGUCGUAGUAGUAGUGGAAUUACAGAUAUAGAUAUAGGUAUAUACACGCAUCACGAGUCGUGCGCGUGUGCGCUGUUUCGCGAAAACGAGAGGGAGAGAGAGAGAGAGAGAGAGAGACAGCGCGCGGCGGGACGCUCAGUAGACUUUCGAAAGCCGCCGCUCUCGGAUAGUUUAGUCGGCGAUCGGCAUUCGUCGCAGUUGCUCGCAAACACCUCAGCACAUAUACCGUAUUUCAUCAUCCACUGCACAUGUGUAUAUACAUCUGCUCGUUUGUUAAUAUAUAUACCACGACGUAAACAAUAUGCGAGCGAAGCAGCUGAUGUCCGAAGAGGCGAGAAGAGAUCGGCGAGACUCAUUGUUGUGAUCGGAGUUUACUGACCUUGAUCCGGCGUAUACUACAUCAGUAAAAGCCAGGCAUGGAGAAAGGAGCCGUGUGCCUUGAGUCAGCGACUGACUACUAUACACGGUGUUUGCGUGAUACUUCUCUUCCUCUUCUUCCUGUCCUUCUUCUCGCUCCGAUCUGCCGUCGCUGAUUUUCGACCACUGUGUACUGAUUAGGAAGAGGCACGUGUGAUUUUAUACGCUUUUAUACCACACUCGUGAUUCUUUUUUGAGAAGUGUGAUUCGUUCGUUGCACGGCGGAUAGUGAUUCUAAAUUUAAAUAUUCAACGUUCCUGCAGUAAUCGUCUUGCCUUUAUUAAACAGUUUGUGAUGACAGGGCAGUUAAGCUGUACUAACGUAUGGAACAGUAGCAUGUUCCGCUGACUUAUGUGUGGUGUAUUUUAUAACGAUGCUUAGCUGAUACAUGGCAUUGGUAAUUUUAAGGGAAUGCCUGCAGUAUUAAAGUGAUAUUUUACAAGAGGGUAUAACAUACUUAUGAGAAGCUGAUUGAAGAUUGACAUCUGCUAUUGAAAUUUUCUUCAAUUUGUAUCCAUACAAAUUUGUGGACUGAUAAAUUACUAAUAAAGAAGAGCAAGAUGUGGCUUCCACCUCAGUCUGCCCGAGUUCUGCUCGUUUCAUUGAUGGCUUUUAGCUGUUUCUUGAUUUUCAUGGAUUAUUUGCUCUACAGUCGUAUGCAAAAUUACUCCAUCAGACCGGUUAAGUCAGAGAAGACUUACAAAAGCAAAGUUCCAUGUGAUGUGGAUCCAUUUUGCGUGGUGACAGUGAAAGCUCUGCUAUUGGACUAUCCGAAUUUGUAUAUUCUCAGUCCUCUUGCAGCAGUGAUAGAUCGUAUGUUGGGCAUUAGUACCACCUGGCUAUGGAUAACUCCCAACAUGAUCAGUGCAUUCCAUGUGCUAGUGGCAAUGUUAGCUGGACACUGCGUAGCCAGCAGCUCUUUAGCCGAUCGAAGAUGGGGUGUCCUGUUAUUUGAAUUUAGAACUUGGCUGGAUGAUUUGGAUGGACAUGUAGCCAGGAGAAGAAAGCAUAUAACUGGAGAGCGCUCUGAUGUGGGCUCUGCUGGUUACUGGAUAGAUGGAAUCUGCGAUGCAUUGGGAUGCAUAGCUCUGAUGGUCGGAGUCUUCUUCUUCCUCAAGAGGAAUCCACCUCGCAGGGGAUAUGAAAAGCUACGCAAAAUUUAUCCUUGCGUAGAGAGUCAAGAAACUAACACAGAAAUAAUCUACAAAAGGCUGCGCUUCAGAGCAGUAGUGCGAAACAUUCUCCUAGUAGCUGGACAUCUCAUGAUUGCUUCUAUCGGAUGGAACAGGUACAUUUCAUUGUAUCAGGAUCUUCUGGAAACGGAUGACAGCUCUCUGCCUAUCAUGAAGGAGGAACUUUACAUAAGACAGAGUGAAAUCAUGAGAUCUGGAUUCUUUUGGAUAGUCACCGUCACUUGGAGGCUCAUUAAUUUCCAUACAGCAAUGGAUUACUUGCUCAUAGCUAUAUUCCUAGAUCGACUGUGGGAGUACAUGAGGGUACUCAGAUGGUUCGGUUACAUCAUACCGCUGAUUGUUGUCUACUUAACAGAAUUUCAUUUCCUCGAGUCUUAUGCAUAUGUGCUGAAGGGAUCCACCGGAAUCAUGAUGAGAUCGAACGAGAUGCAAAACUUCACUACUAAUAGCUUGUAAGUCGCGUGUAUGUGAAAACUCCGUGAAAGUUGAUCGUAAGCAGCUGAAAAAUGUAAAACCAGUUUUUCUAUUUUUAUAAAUGGAUUCUACACUUCUCCUAUCCGCAGACGUUCCACUGCAGACUUUUGCAGUAUGCACCUCAUCACCGAAAUAUCGAUUGUCCAUACAUUGUGUAUUUCACGAAUUCAUAAGGCUGUGAAAGUCAAUUUUUUUGUGACCGAGUGAAUUUUAUAAAGUUAAUAUACGCCGCGUGUUAUACAGCAUUUUUCGAAAUAACGAUACGUCAUGUCUGAGCUUGUACAACGUUUUUAUAAUAUAAAUCUAUUUUACCGAUAUGAAAUAUAUAUAUAUAUAUAUAUAUAUAUUAACGCAAACAACGACGUUGACCACUGAUUUUUUAUUUUCACGUAUAGUGCACCGAAAAUUUCAUCACCACGAAAUCGCGAAGUGCGCAAUAAAUAAAAGCAAUUACUCAUUGUUUGAUGCAAAGAAAAACAACUGCACUCGACUGUUAUUAACACGUAAAUGGAUACGUAGCGACCUAUGAUAUAUAUUUUUAUAAGAAACGAUCGAUUACAGUAUAAUCGACCUAAAGUACACGUAAAACGCGAUGAAUUAUCAUCAGAAUCAAUAAAAAAAAAAAAAAAUAACGCCGCUGCUCUUGCGCAUCAGCGCUAAAUCGUCCGGGGAUUUCAUCACAAAAGUUUAAUCUCGGGAGACACCCGUCGAGGUACAAAAACUGAACUCUCUCUCCCACCCAAUAGUCGCCUGAUGCGCGAUUAUGAGCAUCGUUCGAUUUUGCCGCGCUCGUGUGGUAUGAUUCAUAUAUAUUUUUCACAGAUGUGCCUCACGGGAAUGUAUACCUAAUGAUCCUGACGUAAUGCGCUAUUUUGGAGGGUCGAAGCACAUACACACACGCGCGCGCGCCACACACACACGCACACACACAUAUAUAUAUCUAUAUAUUUCGUAUGCUUCUAUAGAAUACACAUACACAUAUAUAAUUGUAGAGCAUAAAGUCGCGGCAAAUAUAAAGCUGCGCGGCCAUGCUCCCUUUUUUCCGGCGCGUUAUUCUUCGAUUUUUUUCUUUUUUCUUCCUUUAGACAACCGUACGAAAAUAGACGACGAUGUUGCGUGCGUGUGCGUGAUUUGUGGCGUUGCAGCGAAGAGAAUUAGCUCACGUGUCAACUAAAUCUCGGUUUGUUUUUUCCACACGACCGCGUGUGAAUAUCGAUCACCGAUUUAUACUAAUCUGCGUUUUCUUGUCUUCUUCAGCGUAUUUAAUUAUAUGGUUUUGCGAUGUGUGCAGCGACUAUUAUAUUAUAGCAAACGUGUGAUCGUAAUCGCAUUGGUUUAUACUAAUGAUAGGGUAUGGCGUGUACCGAAUGAAGUGUGUAUUAGGAUAUAAGACAGAUUUAUAACGGUUGUGGUUGAUCGUUCACUUUUUCUUCGUGAUAUGCGAAUUUUUUGCCUCUAUAUUUAUAAAUGCGUCUGAUUAUAAAGUCGAACGAAAGCAGAACCAAUUUUGAAAUAUAAUAAUUAUAUAAUUAUAUUUUGGUUCGCUGAUGAGAGUUUUAAAUUAUCUUUAAUUCUUGUUUUAUUAAGUUUAAGAUUAUAAAUUUAUGCAAAAAGAAAAAGAACUUGUUAGAAAAUUGGGCGAGAAAAUAACAAGCACCUAUAUGAAUGUCAAGGGUGUAUCAGAGGAAAAAUGUGCGCAGGUAAUGAAACUCGAUGUAAAGCUGAAAUACAUAUAUUUUUAAUGCAUACGCUUUUUGUAAUUCGUAUUUUUUAUAAACUGAAUAAACCAGCUUUUCUACGAACA